UAUCUUUAAGGCGCUUGCCUACCCCUGUCUGCUUUGUGUGGAAAGUCACGCCGUCAGAACAUGCUUUAAUUCUGAAAGGUAGAGGUGGAAAAGGGGUUAAGAAACGUUCACCUCUGGAGCAACAAUCGACUAGUUGGGCAAGGAUACCGUUGUUUCGUGCGUGUCGGAAAUGAAGUCCACUCAAUUUUUACUAUCCACUGCACUUCUUUUCCUUCUAUCUGGACUUUCCAUGAUUACCGCCUGCAACAAAGCUCUCUGUGCCAGUGAUGUCAGCAAGUGCCUCAUUCAGGAGCUGUGUCAGUGCAGGCCCUCUGAUGGGAACUGCUCAUGCUGUAAGGAGUGUAUGCUCUGUCUGGGCACACUGUGGGAGGAGUGCUGCGACUGUGUGGGGAUGUGUAACCCCAGGAACUACAGCGAUACUCCGGCUACCUCCAAGAGCACGGUGGAGGAACUCUACCGACCCAUCCCCUCACUGUUCCGUGCCCUCACCGAGGGCGACGCACCUAUCAACAUGAUGGUAGUAUCCUUCCCCGUGGCUGAGGAACUAUCUUACCAUGAGAACCUGGUGUCUUUCCUGGAAACUCUGGAGGACCAGCACCAAAAUGUCUCCCUGACCGGGAACAGUAUCCACACCAGCUACGAUAACACCCAAAGUACCGAAGAUAACAUGUGCACUGUGGUGUACUUUGACGACUGCGUGUCCAUCCGCCAGUGCAAGCAAUACUGCGAGUCCAUGGGGGGCUCCAAAUACCGCUGGUUCCACAAUGCCUGCUGUGAGUGUAUCGGCCCAGAGUGCCUCGACUACGGCAGCAAAACUGUCAAGUGUAUGAACUGCCUGUUCUGAUUGAAGCUAAUAGGACUGGGGACAUUAGGGUACUGUGUUCAAACUGCCACAAGGGGGCACUAUCUGGAGUAGCAGAUGGUGAAGGUUAACUGAGGAAUAUGACUUUCAUAAUGCUUCAGUAUUUUUAUGUAUUAUGAAUUAUUUUUGCUCAUUUUUAUAUUUUAUAGGUUCUUUAGCAAAUUAGAAAUAUAUCGUUUUGAAUUUUUUUCUAGUUAAGAGGAGAGGUCAAUGUUUUAAAAUGUGUAAUGCAAUGGCAUUUUAUUUUUGAUGUCAUGGAAAAUCGGAGUAAAUGCUAUUUGUAUAAUUGUUUUAUCACGUGUUAUUUUAGGAAACAACGUCCAUAUUCAAUCAAACUAAUAGCCAGCCAUUCACAUGUUUGAUUUUAUAUGUGCAGUUAAAAUGAUUUGUUUCAUACUGUAAACAUUAUUUAAGUUAAGUUCAGCCAGACAUAUAGGACAUGUUUGGUACAGAUGGGUUAAGUUCAGCUGGCCAGACAGAUGGGACAUGUUUGGCUGACCAGAUAGGAUAAGCACGGUUUGUACGGUGAUGGAAUUUUGUGUUUUCCAGGCCUUGAAAAGUUGGGACAAGUUUGGCCAGAUAUGAUAAUUUUCAGAAAUAAGUUUGGCCAGAUGAAACUAGUUCAGCUGGCUGGCCCGAUAGGACAAGUCAUCUGGAAUAUAUGUUCAGCUGGCUGGACAGAUAACAAGUUAGGACAAUUGGCCAGAUAGGGUAAGUUCUGCCAGAUGGGUUAAGGUCAGCUCGCUGGACAGAUGAGACGAGUGCAGCCAGAUAAGUUUGGUAGGCUGGUCAGACAAGUUCACAACCGGGGACCAGCAUGUGGGUGUGUUGGGGGUAUCCGAGCUUCAUCAGCCAACACUCUAGUGUUGGUUAAUCAAAUCUUCCCAUUCCGGCUUAAUUUGGCAUGCCUUCUUAAACAGCCAAACUGUAUACGCAUUCAAACAUCAAGUCUUCUCUUGAGUUGGGCUCAGGGAUGGAACAACUGUUGAACCUUUUUUUUAUUUAUUUUUUACCUUUAUUUAACCAGGCAAGUCAGUUAAGAACACAUUCUUAUUUUCAAUGACGGACUGGGAACAGUGGGUUAACUGCCUGUUCAGGGGCAGAACGACAGAUUUGUACCUUGUCAGCUCGGGGGUUUGAACUUGCAACCUUCCGGUUACUAGUCCAACGCUCUAACCACUAGGCUACCCUGCCGAGUUGGGUGUGGGGGUAGGUCGAACUGUGGGUGGAAAGGGAGAGAGGGGCAUGCAUCCCACAUCAGUUGACCAAAAUGUAGAACUCCUACUACCGGCCAUUAUGGGUAGCAAUCAUUAGAAGUGCUUAUUAUUAUGCAUAUUAUUUGUCAAUUGUGGGAAUAAAUUAGGAUAUGCAUGUUUUUUUUUUAAAUAUGCAGUACAACUGAGGGGAAGGGGUUCGAAAUGAUGUUGGCUGCGGAUCUGGUUCUGUACUGUAGGUGGCACCAUGUGCUCUUUUUAAAGGAUGAGCCCAUAUCUCUUGAAAGGCCCUAGGAUACAUGUGUAAAGGGUUGGUCAGACAUUCACUGGAAUGACAACCCUACGUGGGAUGGGGUGGAAUAUUGAAGGACAAUUAGAGGUUUCCUUAGUCGCAGCUACGGUAUGCUUAACAGUGCAAAUAUUAUGGUACAGUUUAUAUGGACACUCAAUUACCAUGGUACUUCUUAAUGGUAAGUUUACAAACAUGGUAAGUGGUGAAAUAAGUAUAGCUAGAUAAAAUUGUAUGUAAUGUAAUGGUGUUGCAGAUAAUAACAAGACGAUCUGUCUUCAUCUGGCUAAAAGAGAAGGAAUGUAAAUAUCUAUUCUUUGCAGGAAACUCAUUCUACACUUUUAGACAGUUGUAUGGACAAAAUGACGGGGGUGAAAAUGUAUUUCUCCCAUGGACAAAGAAACUCACAAGGAGUGAUGGUAUUGACACGUUUGAUCUGAAUGUGCAAACAGAUCCGAAGGAUCAAUCAAGCUAGUUGUCUUAAUUACUUUCUUAUGUCAUUGUCGCUGGCACCAAAAGUUAAGUGUUGAUAAGGGACAGAAUGCUGUCAGGCCAUCAAAUAAUUGGUAUACAUAUUACACUUACAGAAUUUACACGAGGGCGAGGAUAUUGGAACUUUAAAUCAAAGCCUACUGGACGACAAAUUGUUUUUAACCAAGAGAAUAAUUUUAAACUUUUCCCCUAUAUAGCAUAGAGACAGUGGAUCCUCUUAUUGCAUGGGGCACUUUGACUGAACAAAAAUAUAUCCCAUGUUUCAUGAUCUGAAAUAAAAGAUCAAAUGUACCAUAUGCAACAAAAGCUUAUUUCUUUCAAAUGUUAUGCACAAAUUUGUUAACAUCCAUUAGUGAGCAUUUCUCCUUUGUCAAGAAAAUCCAUCACCUGACAGCUGUGGCAUAUCAAGAAGCUGAUUAAACGGCAUGAUCACAUAACACAAUGCCACAGAUGUCUCAAGUUCUUGGUCACCUCCCAGACCAAGGCCCUUCUCCCACGACUGCUCAGUUUGGCCGGGCAGCCAGCUCUAGGAAGAGUCUUGGUGGUGCCAAACUUCUUCCAUUUAAGAAUGGCCACUGUGUUCUUGGGGACAUUCAAUGCUGCAGAAAUAUUUUGGUACCCUUCCCCAGAUCUGUGCCUCGACACAAUCCUGUCUAGGAGCUCUACGGACUAUUCCUUUGACCUCAUGGCCUGGUCUUUGAUCUGACAUGCACUAUCAGCUGUGGGACCUUAUAUAAACAGGUGUGUGCCUUUCCGAAUCAUAUCCAAUCAAUUGGAUUUACCACAGGUGGACUCCAAGUUGUAGAAACGUCUCAUGGAUGAUCAUUGGAAAGAGGACGCACCUGAGGUCAAUUUUGAGUCUCAUAGCAAAGGGUCUGAAUGCGUAUGUAAAUAUGGUAUGUUUUUUUAAAUUUGUAAUACAUUAGCAAAAUUUUCAAAAACUAUUCGCUUUCUCAGUAUAGGGUAUCUGGCCGAACUUGUCAGAUCGGGUCUGGCAAGCCGGCCAAACUUAUCUUAUUGGACCGAACACCAAAUUUUUCCUGACCGGCAGGCCAAACUUUACUUACCUGUUCAGCCAGUCGAAUUUGUCCUAUCUGUCUGGCUGACCGGAAUGGCCGAACAUAUCCAACUAGACGUUGGAACAUUGCUGCAGGGACUUGCUUCUAUUCAGCCACAAGCAUUAGUGAGGUCAGGCACUGAUGUUGGGCUUGCAGUCGGCGUUCCAAUUCCUCCCAAAGGUGUUUGAUGGGGUUGAGGUCAGGGCUUUGUGCAGGCCAGUCAAGUUCUUCCACACUGAUCUCAACUUAUGCUAUCUAGAACUUAUCCUAGCCGGCCAGACCCGAUCUGACAGCUACCCUAAUAGACAGCUACGAAGAAUAUAGAUAAACUCUCUUGGUAAAUAGUGUGGUCUACAGCUGUACAAGCCCCUUAAAGCUGCCAGAAGGGCAACACACAGGAGAGGUCUGGGGGAAGUAAGGUGACUUCCGUGUAGUUGGUGACGGGGCCCGAGCUAAGACGAGGGAGUUGAAGUUGUGUGCCCGACAGGAUACAGCCAGACCCGGAGCCCAGAAGAUGGUAUCCCGGAGAGGGUCUCAUGGGGGAGACCUAUCCUUUUCAUUUGGUUUAUUAUUUAAUAAACUCCCUUGAAACCGAGCUAAUCAUACUCUGUCCGUGUCUGACCUAUGUAAACGUCUUGACCAAACCCCCUGGUCUGCCACAGAUGGCCUACACCAGCCAAACCCGGAUGAAGCUGGGCCAAUUGUGUGCCGCCCUAUGGGACUCCCAAUCACGGCCGGUUGUGAUACAGCCUGGAUUCAAACCAGGGUGUCUGUAGUGACGCCUCUAGCACUGAGAUACAGUGCCUUAGAUGGCUGCGCCACUUGGGAUCAAAUCCUUAAGUACAAAAUGAGAAGUAGCAACAUGCAAAUUAAAUCCAAAAGAAGCAGUAGAAAGAGCCAAAUUACCUACCUCAUCCCCAUAUUGUUUUUAUUUACUUUUUAAAAAUGUUUUGCACACCAGUAUUUCUACUUGCACAUCUAUCACUGUUAAUGUGUUAAUUUGACAAAUUGCAAUUACUUCGCUACUAUGGCCUAUUUAUUGCCUUACCUCCUUACGCCAUUUGCACACACUGUGUAUAUAGAUUUUUCUAUUGUGUUUAUCCUAUGUGUAACUGUGCUGUUGCUUUUUGUCACACUGUCACAGUUGUAAAUGAGAACUUGUUCUCAACUGA